GAAAAACUAAAAGAUCAGGAACUGGAAAAAUAAGUUUGAGAUGAUGUUGUUGGACGUGAAGCACAUCCUCUGGCUGAUCUGUGUCUGCAGCGCCUACUCGCAGGAUGACUCUGUUCGCCGGAUGCGGGUGGUUCGGAGCUCUUCCCGGGUCCACGGCGCUCUAGCGCAGUCUGUUGUUUUACCGUGUCGUUUUCUGGUGCUGCCGCCGCUACCGGGCUCCUCCGUCAUAACUCACUCUGAUCACCUGCGCAUCAAGUGGACCAAACUCCAGAGCCAUGGGGAAGCCGUCGCUGUGGUGGCCCAGAACGGCAUCAUCAAAAUGGGCCAAGAGUAUAUGGGCCGGGUGUCAGUGCCCAGCCGACCGGAAGACCAAGGGGACGCUUCUCUGACCAUCUCCAGACUCAGGGCCAGUGACGCCGGGGUGUAUCGCUGCGAGGUCAUGCACGGCAUUGAGGACACUCAGGACUCCAUUACUCUGGAUGUCAGUGGUGUUGUGUUUCAUUACCGGGCGAACACCAGCCGCUACAGUCUGAACUUCACACAAGCUCAGCAGGCGUGUGCAGAUGUGGACUCCAGCAUCGCCACCCCUGAACAGCUUUAUUCAGCAUACGAGGACGGAUUCGAGCAGUGUGACGCCGGAUGGAUGGCCGACCAAACCGUCAGAUAUCCCAUCAUUAGGCCACGUGACGGUUGUCAUGGUGAUAAGUGGAUGAAGCCGGGGGUCAAAUCAUACGAUGUCAGGAACGCCUAUGAGAAGUAUGACGUUUACUGCUAUGUGGGAAAACUACAAGGUGAGGUGUUCUUCAUUGAUCAGAAACUGUCUCUGGACGAGGCCCGCUCGGCGUGUGUGGGUCAGGACUCAGUGUUGGCGUCUCCUGGUCAUCUUCAUGCCGCCUGGAGAGACGGCAUGGACCAAUGCGAUUUCGGCUGGUUGUCGGAUGGCAGCGCUCGAUACCCGGUCUCCGUUCCCAGACUGCAGUGCGGCCGAGGACAACUGGGCGUCAGGACCAUGUACCGCAACGCCGACCGGACGGGCUACCCUUUACCCACAAUGAAACUAGGAGCCUACUGUUUCAGAGGACGGGAUCCUACAACUGCACCCACAGCUGGACCCACAACACCUACAGUUCCCUGGGACGCCCUUAAGAUUUCCUCCCUGGAAGUAAUGUCUUCUGCGCCAACCGAUGACACCAUAGAAGAACCACCUUCAAUGUUCUCUGCAAGCAUGGCACCACGUGACAAACCCACUCCUGAAGCAUAUCCCACAAUUGUUACAACUCAAACUGGAGGGAUUUUGGAUACACCUUCCCCAACAUUUGGUGACUAUGAUGAUAAUAGCAACUUAAUGGUGCAAGGGGCACCUGACCUUUCACUCCAGGGUACCGUGGGCUCCACCACAAUGGUAACCCCAUCUUAUUACGACUCUAUUUUCUCUAUCAAACUUCCUCCUCAACCCACAAAAGGGGUCAAGAAUCCUUUGGAUACACCUCAUGGGGAAUACAGUAGUGCUGAGGGAAGCAUCAGCGGAGACACGGAGACUCCGGAGAGUGUGAUUCCUACUUCACCUGUGCUUGUCACAACUCUCCAAGUAGACCCAGACCAACCAAAAGUGGUGUACAAAGAGGACGGAAGCACAGAAAACAUCACUGAAGGAGUGGUCUUUGCUGAGUCCAGUAUGGGAACCCCAGGCUUAGGUGAAGUGAUUGUGCAUGGGUCACAGUCUGAAGUCUCCAAGAAUGUCAGCUUUCCGAUAGACAUCAGCUUGCUCAUAGUCGACAUCAAGGAUACAAAUCAAUCAGUUGAAAGUGUUCUGGAUUUUCUUGGAGAACCACGGGGCAUCACCGAUGUUCUAACAUCUAGUGAAAAUGAGCCACCUUUGGGCAGUGGAGACCUUGAAAUAUAUCCUUCAGCUUCUGUUACCGUCACCCCAGAAGUGAGUUUCAUUAACGGGAAGCACGAGUUGACUCUGCAACCAGUCGCCGAACAGGAGGCUAGAGGAGACCAGUUCGACACUGUGACCCCUCCAAUUGAAGAAAUCAUCCCUGACGAUGAGAUAGUAAUUCUUAUGUCAGAAUUUGAAGGUGUUGUAUCUUCCCCUAAAACAGAUGAAUCUGGCUUGACUACGAGAAGUCCAGUUGAGCCCCAUUUCACAACAAAAAUCUCAAAGCCAGACUUGGGCAGUGGAGAUCUUGAAAUAUAUUCUUCAGCUUCUGUUACCGUCACCCCAGAAGUGAGUUUCAUUAAUGGAAAGCAUGAGUUGACCCUGAAACCAGACGUUGAACAUGAGGCUAGAGGAGAUCAGUUUGACACUGCGACCCCUCCAAUGGAAGAAAUUAUUCCUGAUGAUGAGGUUGUAAUAGUUCUGGCCGAAGCUGAAGGUCUUACAUCUUCCUACAAAACGGAUGAAUCUGGCUUGACUACAAGAAGCCCAGUUGAGCCCUAUUUCACAACAAAGAUCUCAGAAAGUGCAACCAUGAGUGAAUUGCCCAUAUUUUCAACCAAAUCUCCAAGCCAGGAGAUAACCCCACAAGCCAUAUCAUUUAGCACAUCAAUCAAUGAAGAAAGUUCAGGGAUGCGCCCAACAGAUGAUGAAGAGGAGCUGACUACAUUGGAAGGCUCUGCGGAUGACCUGCAGUCAGCUACAGCUUCUACUGACCCAGAUAUGGUGGCUACUGACGAGACUGAAAUAGGUGGAACAGAGAAGCCUACACAGGCAUAUGGGGUGCAUUGCUCCACCCAAGGACCAAUUACAACUCCAGAAACAUCUCAAACUACAGCAUCCAGCCCUGUAGAAAAAGAAAUAAAGCCGGAAAGAGAUGAUUUUGAGGGUUCCACCUCAGCAGAAGAAGAGAGCUCUGGACAAGAUAUGUAUUCUCGAGAGGAACCAAAACAACCGAUUUUAUCUCCAACUCUCUCUGUUCCUUCUCACUCCUUUACAACUUCCUCAACAAGUACUCAUCCCAAAGACCCAAGGGAACCUGCUAGUUUACUCUUGCCUAGUGCAGAGCCUGCAGUAAAUGUGGUUUCAACUUUACAAACAAGAGUAAUCCCAGAGGAGAAAGACCAAAGCAGGAGUACCACUAAGAGUCCUUUAUUGGUGCCUGAGUUUGAAAAAGAUGUAAGCACAGUCUUCGCCAUCUCUGGGGACAGUGGCUCUGGUGAUCAUCCAACAGAAGCAUUAACAAAACAACCUUUCAUUGUGACUACCGUUCCUUCUCUUUUCAUUCAACAAACUGUUGAAACUAGUGUUGAUGCAAAUGAACCAACUAAAGCAUUUGAAGGUUCUGCUGAAGACACAACGCCAUUGUCUUUCACCACUGCCCGAACUGAAACUAAAUUCACAACACAAAGAUCAGAUGCUAGAAUUCUGCCCACGGAUAGUCUAAGAGCAAUAAUGUCUUCCUCCCAAGAAACUGUUCUAAUCCAAAAAACUCAUUCGGAAGAGACAACCACUUUAGUGGUGCCAUCAGAGACUACAGAAGAGACGAUGUUACCUUCUAAAUUUGGAUUCUCAACAGAGGAGCCUCUCAUCUCAACGUCUGUACAUUCCAGUGGCCCCAUCACUAUUGCUGAUACAAAUUUAAGCAUUUCAGAGUCAGUCCAGGAUAUUACAAGUACUUCUUCUACAACAGAAGACAUGAUCACCACCCCUAAAGCCACAAGUACUUCGUCAUUUGAAGAGACUGUUGUAGAUUAUGAAGAUAUGCAGGGUGCCUCAGUUGUUGAAAGACAACCACCAAUCAGGGAAGAGUUCACCACAAAAAAGCCAGAGGUCUGGACUGAUUCCAGCUACACUGUGGAGAGCCAUGUGGUGGAUUUGCAAGAUCACGCACUUUGCUCGGUCAGUGUGUGUGAAAACGGCGGAACAUGCUUCUCCAGCAGAAAAGGAAAUGUUUGUGUCUGCAUGCCUGGAUUUAGUGGGGAACGCUGUGAAAACGAUGUCGAUGAAUGCCAGUCGAAUCCUUGCCGCAAUGGUGCUACAUGCAUUGAUGGAAUGAACUCUUUCAAAUGUGUCUGUCUGCCCAGCUAUUCAGGAUCCCUCUGUGAACAAGAUACGGAGGUGUGCGACUUUGGUUGGCAGAAGUUUCAGAGCCACUGCUAUAAGUACUUCACCCACCGGCGGACAUGGGAGGCAGCAGAAAGAGAGUGUCGUCUGCAGGGCGGACACCUGACCAGCGUCCUGUCCCACGAGGAGCAGCUCUUCGUAAAUCGUUUGGGUCAUGACUAUCAGUGGAUCGGCCUGAAUGAUAAAAUGUUUGACAAUGAUUUCCGCUGGACUGAUGGACAUCCUAUGCAAUUCGAGAACUGGCGUGAUGGUCAGCCGGACAGCUUCUUCUCCACCGGUGAGGACUGUGUGGUCAUGAUCUGGCAUGAGAGCGGACAGUGGAACGAUGUGCCCUGCAACUACCACCUGACCUUCACCUGUAAGAAGGGCACAGUGUCCUGCGGUCAGCCUCCUCUCAUAAAGGACGCUCAAGUCUAUGGCAGCAUGAAGCCGCGAUACGAGAUCAACUCUCUGGUUCGAUAUCACUGUAAAGAAGGCUUCAUCCAGAGACAUGUCCCUACUAUCAGAUGCAGAGAAGACGGACAGUGGGACAAGCCCAAAAUCACAUGCUUGAAUCCGUCCACCUUCCAGAAGAUGUAUGCACACAAAUACCAAAACAACAACUAUUACAACAGCAGUAAGAGACGCUUCAGUGAAUCUCAGUACCGCCAUCGCUGGUCAAAAACAGCAGAAGAACUCAAACACUGAUCUGCAUCCAGAUCUACUUCACGUCUAUCUUUCAAGACAAAACAUGUGCCUGAUGAAUGUUUUAUAGAGCCGCAAAGUGAAUUUCCCUGAGGGACUGCAAGAAAAAAAAUAAUCAUAACAAUAAAAAACCACCACACAGAGCCACUGAGAGUGUACUUUGACUAUGCAAAUGAAUACAUUGCAUUUAAUAAUACUGUCUUAAUGUUUGGAUGUUGGAAUAGGGGGCGGGGCUUAAAUGUAUAUAGUAGAAAUGAGGAUCAAGUCAACGCAGCUGUGAAUUGGUGACUGUAUUCAUCCGUAAGUUUUGCUUGCGAAGAACUGGAUUUCCUUUUCUCUCCGGCUCUUUAAGAGAGCACUAUGGUACGAGCAGUUUACUGAUAAAAGGACAAUAGGCUUUAUAUGUUUGUUUUGAAUUGUGGCGAAGGGGUUUGAAUGGGAGGUCACGAGUCCAGAGGACAAACAAUGCUCAAAGACUGCAACUCAUGACUGGAAAACAAAUCUCCACCGUCAUCAUCAUCUUCAGAGAACGCCAUUGUACACUCUCACAAUCAUAUGCUCAUCAAAAUAUAUCUAUAUUUUUUCUGUGUGCAUUUUGUUUUAAAACAUGUGGGGUUGUAAUAUAACCAAUUUGUUUGUUCUUUUAAUGAAUGUCAUGGUAAAGAAUGAAUAUAUGAAUACUGUAUGUGUGGUAUAUGUGAAUGAACUAGCAUUUUUCUUUUGUCAAGCAUUAUUACAAAUGUUAUAAGCCACAGAAGUUUAAUUUAUUGCUGAAGAUACAUAUAACGAUGAAUGAACUGUGAGAUUUUGAAUAAUAAAGCGCUAUUAGAAUAUUA